ACCCCCUUUUAUCUGUUCACUCUUUUUAUGUUAGCCGUUAGCCUGGAUGCUAACCGCCGUCAAGAUUCAGUUGACAUCUCGCCGCUUUCGGUCGCUCCGUCUGAGGAGGGAGCGAGAUAGACGAAUGUAGCGGAAUCGUGUUGCUCAAGUCGGAUAGAUAUUUUGGUGUUAGCGUGGAAACAGCGAGACAGCUGCUGCGGUAUAGCUAACUGCGGCAGACGUCGAUCGUCGCCUCUCGUAUCCAGUGUUUGUCUGAGACGUGUCCGCCUCUCCCCCUUCAGAGAAGAGAGGUGAACAUUGCAGUCUAACAUGGUUUUCAGUCAGAUGGAUGCCGCUAAAGCCUUGACGGAAGCAGCGGCUAAAGGGAACCUCGGCGAGGUGCAGAGGAUCUUGGAGGAAUGCAGGCUGCAUCCCGAUACUGUCAAUGAGUUUGGCAGGACAGCACUACAGGUGAUGAUGAUGGGAAACUCCAAGGUUGCAGAUCUGCUCCUGGAAAAAGGAGCAGAUCCCAACGUCCAGGACAAGCAAGGGAUUGCGCCGGUCCACGACGCCGCCCGCACAGGAUUCCUGGACACGCUUCAGGUUCUGGUGGAGCACGGUGCCUCCGUCAACGUGGCGGACCAGGGCGGCGCCCUGCCCAUCCACAUCGCCAUCCGGGAGGGCCACCGAGAUGUGGUGGAGUUCCUGGCCCCACGCUCCAACCUGAAGCAUGCCAACGCAAGCGGUCAGACGGCGAUAGACGUGGCUCGAGCAUCACACGAGCCAGACAUGGUCCACCUGGUGUUUGCUCACAUCCACUCUUAGUCUCUGCUGGCUUGUUUGUGUGCUAACCUUAACCUCAUAUGUUUGUUGUGUCGUUCAAACCUGGUGACUUGAAUUCAUUGCUGUGUAAAAGGUUUGUUUGUGUUCAUUGUAGCUCAACUUGGAUGCGUGACGCAGGACAUUUUGUCAUGGCAGCUUCUUUUUCAGUGAGUGGUGGCUACACACAGUAGACACUUGUUUUGCACAGUGCAAUUUAGGCACCUUAUACACAAAUGUUUAUCUCUUUGGGAGUGCACAUUAGCCCGUUUCCCUCCCAGUGUUUUGUCAUGAUUGCAUCAUUUGUAUUGUGUAACAGUUGAUAGGUUAUGUUUUUGUUUUCAAUUUGAUGAAUCUUCAUAUGGUGCAGCGUAAUUACAUUGCAUAGCUGUGUUUCCUAUAACUAGAUGAACUUAGACUUGGAAUUAUUUAUUGUUGAAAUAGCAGUAAUAUUCUUGUGGCUUUGUAAAAUGCAUCAUUCAUUGUGGUUUGUUGAAAUGUUAUUUAUACAAAUAAUACUUUUAAUACAAAAGUGAGAUGUUUCACUUUUCUAUUUGAAUAUGAAAGCACAAAAAUAAAAGUUUGGAACACUUGAA